AUGGACGUCUCAACACCAAUCAGACCAAACGACAUCUUCUCGGUGAAAGGGCUAGUAGUGGUCAUCACAGGCGGCGGCAGUGGUCUCGGUCUCGCCAUAGCAUCAGCACUCUACCAAAAUGGCGCUGAGCGAAUCUACCUUCUCGGCCGCCGCCGCGAAGUCCUCGAAAAAGCCGUCAACGACCUCCAAGCCAACGUACCGCGCGACUCCAACACCGCCGGCACCCUCCACGCCCUUCCCUGCGACGUAACAGACCUCUCCUCCGUAAAAGCCGCCGCCGACACGAUACAAAAAGACAUCGGCUACGUCGACGUCCUCAUCAACAACGCCGGCGUCAUCGGCCCCAAAAACGGCGCCGACAUCUACAAAGCCGAGUCCAUCCAACAGCUCUCAGAAACCAUGGUCGCAGGCUACGACAACUGGGCCGACGCAAUGGCAAUAAACACGCAAUCCGUCAUCGGCGUCUCCGCCACCUUCCUCCCCCUCCUCGAAGCCGCAAACACGCGUCGAGGCUGGACCCCCGGAAAAGUCACCGGCACAGGAAACGCGCGCGCCCGCUCCACCGACCUCGCCUCUUCCAACAGCAUCGACACAGACGACGACCGCAUGGCGCACAUCAUAACCAUCGCCUCCGUCGCCUCCUACAUGCGCUGGGUCUCCGCGGGGCUGGCCUACAACGCUAGUAAAGCAGCCGCCGCCCACCUGGGCAAGAUGAUGGCGACGUUCCUGUCUGAAUGGGGGAUUCGCAGGGAGGAUGGGCGGGAUUAA